AAGAUGCACGAUAUCAGCCAAUGACCAAAGCGGAAGCAGAAAAGGCGCGCUUCUCUGACAGCUCCGUCUGGAUUUGAAUCCCGGGAAAGAGCUGUACGCGCUCAGUGUCCCCACGAUGGCUGAAGGUAACAAGUUCCAGGACUUGGAGGAGACGGGAGAGGCGCUGGUGGCCUACAUCAACAACAGCCAGCUGGAGAAACUGACACAAGUGAAGGAUGAACAUCACGCUUUCUUUGACAAACACGCGGAAACAAAAAAGAUUGUGACACAGAUUUUAAAAGAUGUGGCUCAGCUGGAGGAGAGCGCGGGCCAGAAGCUGCUGAACAUGGAGGAGGAGAAGAAGCGAAGGGAGGUGGAGCUGGAGAGCCUGGAGGAGCAGCUGAGGCAGUGCACGGCCCAGAGCCAAAUGACCGACUCAGAGCUACAAUUUGUGCAGCGCGAGUUGGAGAGUCUGAGAACAGCCGAACACGAGCUGGAGGAGCUUCAGAACGAAGUGGACGAAGACACGACCGAGGUCAUCCCCUCAGCCGUAUACGUGGCUCAGCUGUACCAGCUCAUAACCAAGAUCAAGUGGGAGUACGACACGCCGCCCAACAUCUUAAAAGGAGUCCACUACGGUGCCGACCUGGCGACGCCCAUCGACAUCGACACCUCUGUGCGAUCUCGGCGGGACGUAAGCGACCAGCUGUGGGGCUUUGUCAGCACUGAGUGGUAGCGGAAGAAGGGCGGGGCUUCAGAAACUACUUUAUUUGUCUGUAAAUAUGUUUGUUUUCUUCUGUUUGUCCAAUUCAUACUGUUUAUAUAAUUAAAUAUUUCAAACCCCGUUGGUUUAGUUGUUCUCUAAUUGGAUUUGAGCAACAUGGAUCCAUCAACUCAACUCUGUUUAUCCUGCACCUUUUGGCCAAAGGGCUUCACAGAUUAAACAAAACAAGACUAACCGUAAAAAAAUAGUUUUUAAGCUAUAAAAUGUUAGAAAUUAAAGCUUUUAGUGCGUAACUUUUUGAUAUGAAUGAACGUCCAUUGCAUUCAAGCCGU